AUGCUGCUGAGGCGCUUGCUGUUGAUCUGUGCUCCACUCUGUGAAGCAACUGAGCUCUUCCUGAUACCCUGCCCCUCUUGGCCCAUAGAGGGGAAUUCAAUGACCCUGGCCUGUGAAACCCAGCCCCUCCAGAAGUUAGAUGUUCAGCUCCAGUUCCGCUUCUACAAAGCUGGCAGACCCCUAGGGCUGGACUGGGACAGCAUCCCAGAGCUCUGGAUUCCUGCUGUGUGGAGGGAAGACUCAGGGUCCUACUGGUGUCAAGCAAAGGCAACACCACUCGGAGUCAAAAGGAGCUGCAGAGUCCAGAUCCAAGUACACGGACUCCCCAUCAGUAACGUGAGCUUGGAGAUACAACCUCCAGGUGGAUACAUGAUGGAGGGAGAAAAGCUGGUUCUUGUCUGCUUGGUCACUGGGGGCACAGGAGAUAUCACCUUCUUCUGGUACAAAGGGGCCCUGGGUUUAAACCUGGAAAUGAAGACGACGGUGAUGUUUGGGAUCUCUGUGGUGAGGGAGAGUGACUCUGAGCAAUAUUACUGUGCGGCUGACAAUGGCUAUGGCCCCAGGCUCAGUGAGCUGGUGAGCAUCACUGUCAGAAUUCCAGUGUCUCACCCUGUCCUCACCCUCAGGGCUCCUGGGGCCCAGGCUGUGUUGGGGGAUGUGGUGGAGCUUCACUGCGAGGUCUGGAGAGGCUCUCCCCCGAUCCUGUACCAGUUUUAUCAUGAGGAUGUCGCCCUGGGGAGCAGCUCAGCUCCCUCUGGAGGAGGAGUGACUUUCAACCUCUCUCUGACUGCAGAACAUUAUGGAAACUACUACUGUGAGGCCAACAAUGGCCUGGUGGCCCAGCGCAGUGAGGUGGUAUCACUCAAUAUCAUAGUGCCUACGGAGGACAGAAAAGAAGUUCUUACUUCAGGAGUCAUGGAGGUGCUGCUUGGCAUCUCUGGUCCCACCAAUAUGGCCCUAUUAUUUUGCUGCUGGCUCAAGAGAAAAAUAGGAAGUCGUUCAGCCAGGGAUCCACUCAGGAGCCUUCCCAGCCCUGUGCCCCAAGAAUCCACCUAUCUCAACUCACAAGCCCCAGAGCAACUACACCAUAACUAUGAAAAUGUGAAUGUUGUAAGUGGGGAUGAGGUUUAUUCUUUGGUGUACUGUGUGCAGCAGGAACAGCAACCGGCAACAGAAGAACCCCCUGGGAUGCAUACGGGGGAUAAGAACUCCUCAGCCAUCUAUUCUAGGCUGAAGAAGGCGGAUCUUACAGAUGUGGACUAUGAAGAUGCUAUGUAA